UUCGCGACGGAACCGUCAGUUACAGUCGGAUAAAGAAACGAGCACGAUCAGUAAUAUCAUCCUCACUUCACUCACACCUAUUCCCCCCAGUGGUCUAUACCUGAGGAAUCAGAUAUACGGGCACAGAGCUCACUAUUUCUCCGACUCUUUGGGCACUGAGAGGUUAAACUGGGCUUCAGUGAAGUGAAGCAUCUCGGGCUGUUCAGCUGCUACCUGGGAGAAGAGGAUGGAGAGAUGGAGGCAGCAUAAGAGCCGUAGUGUGUGCUGAUCACACGAGCUUUUCCUUUCGUUUUCGAGCCACAAUCACAGCGAUGGAGGGGAAAGAGGAGUUUUUGUGCGGGGUUGUUGAAGGUUUUUAUGGGCGGCCCUGGUCCAUGGAGCAGAGAAAAGUGCUGUUUCAGUGGAUGCAAAGAUGGGGUUUGAACACAUAUCUCUAUGGUCCUAAAGAUGACCUGAAGCAUCGUUUGCUGUGGAGAGAGGUGUACUCCACAGAGGAGGAAGCACAGCUGAAAGCCCUGGUGCAUGAAGCCGAGUCGAGAGGGCUGAGGUUUGUGUAUGCUCUCUCUCCUGGUCAGGACAUUGUCUUCUCCAGCUCCUCUGACCUCACAUUGCUCAAGCGUAAACUUCGACAGGUGGCAGAACUGGGCUGCCAGGCGUUUGCCAUUCUGUUUGAUGACAUCGACCACUCGAUGUGUCAGGCUGAUACUGAGGCUUUCUCCUCAUUCGCUCAUGCUCAGGUGUCUGUGACCAAUGAGAUCUUCCGUUUCCUGGGGGAACCGCCUGUCUUCCUGUUCUGCCCCACUGAGUACUGCAGCUCGCUCUGCUCUCCCAGUGUGUCCAAGUCUCCAUACCUGCUGACAGUAGGAGAAGAUCUGCUGCCAGGCAUCUCAGUCAUCUGGACCGGAAGCAAGGUGAUCUCUCGAGAGCUGAGUGCAGAUUCACUGAUGGAGGUGCAGUCAGUGUUACAGCGCCCUCCCCUGGUGUGGGACAAUCUGCAUGCUAAUGAUUACGAUUCACGUCGUGUCUUCCUGGGGCCUUUUAAGGGUCGUCCGCCUGGCCUCCAAGCUCAUCUCAGGGGUCUGCUGCUGAACCCUAACUGUGAAUUUGAAGCAAACUACAUCCCUCUACACACACUUGGGACAUGGCACAAAGCAGGGAAGGAGAAAAGAGAAGGUAAAGGGCAUCAGUACUGUCCGGAGCGAGCUCUUUCUGCUGCGCUGAAAGACUGGAUGUCUGAGCUGAACCAACCUCUACAGCCUGGACGGCAGAACAGGCCUACAGAGAACAAACCGUCUGCUCUCUCCUCCAAACCUAAACCUCCUGAAAGCUUAGACAAUCUGCAUGGAGCCCAGUCUAAAUCUCCGUCUGCUGCUGGGGCUCUGGUUCCUUCUUCCACCUCAGUGCUGAAGGUGUCGGCUGAGACUGAGAGUGAAGAGCAGGGCCCUGGAGGCCAAGGCUGGGAGAAGGCCUCAGGAAAGAGCCUGUGUGCUGGGAAAUCUCCACUCAGUGAGGCCCAAGUGCGACUGCUGGUGGGACUGUACUACCUGCCACAUGAGCAUGGUCCGCCUGCACAGAGCCUGCUGCAGGCACUUACCUGGCUCAAAAACCACUGCCAUUAUGUCAGUGUCAACGGCAGCAGCAAGAAGAUGCAACCGCAGAAGAUGGAGGAGUGGCGGGUGCGGGCAGGCCGGUUUCUGGUUGCGUGUGAUGAGAUUGCGGUUCUGCAUGGCAGCGUGGUUAACAGCGUGAACAGAGCUGUGCUCUAUGACCUUUACCCAUAUGUCUGGGACCUGAGAAACACGCUGCUUGUAGCCAAGGCCUUCAUCAGCUGGCUGGAGGGUCGGGUGGUAAGUGAUAGUUCUUCACUGGGCUCAUGGAAGAACUGUUUUCAUUGGUGUGGAGCCUCAUCAGGGGCGGAGCUUCUCGGUGUGGAGGCAGAGCCAUGGGUAUUUAAAGGAGGGCUGUCAGGGGAAGUGCAGAUGCUUCUUCCUGUAGGCACCAGCAGUGAGCUGUUCAGCCACCCCCCUCCUCUCUUCCCCACCUCUCGUCUCUACAACAUACGGCCCUUCCAGCUCAAAGACAAGGUGGAGCUGUACCACAUGGUGCGUCAACUUUAUCAGAAAACCAGAGGUGCUCAGGAUGUGACUGUGCUUCAUCCAGACUUCAUCGGUGACAGGUGUUUGGGUGCAUCUCUGGCCCUGUGCCCAGAAUACAGCUUUGUUCUGGAGGAUGAGCUGGGUGUGUGUGGGUGUGUUGCUGGCAUUCUGGAUGUACGCUUAUUUGUCAAGAGGUGCCAGGCCACCUGGCUGCCCGCUAUGAGAGACAAAUACCCCACACGUACACACGUGGCCAAUGGACACACUGCGCAGAAGGUCAGAGUUCAAACCAGGAGAGAUAAACAUCACAGGAUAAUGGAGGCGCUGCUGAGUUUGCAUGAAGAGCAGGAUUACCCAGACUCCCUGCUGUACCACUUCCCGUCUCAGCUCCGGCUUGAGGCAGUGCCUGAACUGGUGGACUGCAGUGUCAGCAGAAGCCUUCUCACGGCCCUGCUCACAGCACUCAAAGCUAACGGUUCCCAGGGCGUAUUUUGUGAGGUGCAGCCCACAGACCGGCUAAGGCUGGAGUUCCUCACUAAGCUGGGCUUUCUGGAGAUUGUGAGGGGAGAGGCUCACUCCACAGAGGGACUGAUCCUAGGCAGGCUGCUCUAGAGCCUUAACCAGCUCAUAAAUAAUCACUGAUGAUAUAAUUGGACUUUUUUGGGCAAAGUUACAUGUUAAACAGCCCUGCAGUUUAAAUAAGGGUGUCAAGUUCAAAGACAUGUCCUGCAUUCUGAUACAUCUUUCAACACGUCCUCAACCUCUUCCUUUUUGACGUUUCCUUUAGAUAUAAUACUCCAAUCACCAAUCAAGGUCCCUGAGAAGUCCAAGAGAAGUAUGUUAAAUGAUCCUUUGUGGAGAGCAGAGUACAUUGCAAUCUAACACAGAGAAAUAAAAUACUAAGUAUUUCCAAAAUUUACAUUUACUACAUUGAAAUUGGCUUUUUACUGUAGCCACUACUUCAUCUAUAGAUGACAGCUGAUGGAACUUUAUUACUGUACACAACUAGCUGUCUAGUAAAUCUGCUCUCCAGUACACCCUCAAUCCCUCUUUCUGCAAGUGGCCACUUGUGUCAUGUAGAUAAUACACACUACCCUGUAAUGGGGGUAGUUGAUGAGGGCCUGUUGAAAGCAGUACUGGAAUAAAGAGCUAUUUUGGGGCUGAAGAAGCACUUUGCCCAAAACAUGCUGUUGACUAACAGUCAACUGGCCACUGUGGCCUGGUUAGCAUGAUGCUAACUGCUCUAUACUAGCCUUUACAUGAUUAGCACCAUUAGUGUUAUGACUGGUGCAUUACUUAAAAGCGAUGAAUGAAAUUUAUUUGCAAAUGAUUAGUACCAUUUAACAUCUUUACCAGAGCUGUUUGUUUAAGCCUCACCACAGCACUUAGAAGGAGAGUUAGUUCAAAGAGGGAUUAGUUCUAAGCCAGCUGUUGCAAGUAUGAGGUCCCUCAUUGGGCCUUUCUGUUUAGACCUGUAUUUGUAAGCCUACAGUAAGAGAGGGGUGCAGUGGUCUGUACCAUGUUUUUUUCAUAUGUCCAUGUUUUGGUUUCUACUAAUGAGUAACACUGAAAAUGACCUGUGUCCUGUGGUGUAGUCCAGUCUAAAAUAGUCAUUUUACCAUGACUAUUCUCACUAAUGCUAAUAUUGGUAGCAUUUCACCAUUCUAUUUUUGUAACUGUAUCUGCAGUCACAUAAAAGUUCAUUCAGAAUCUGUAGAAAAUGAAGAAUUAACCAAUCAAAGUUCUUCAAAAAGCAUCAAAUGAAAGUGAACAAUCAAAUUCUAUUCCAUAUGUUCAAACAGAUGGGCAGGUUUUGUCUGACCCUGCCCUGCCAGUGAAGUCCACCUUGAAACACAUAAAUAUGUUGAAAUAUGUUUAUAUAGAAAUGAUUAUAUUGUGCUUAGCAAUUAUGGUGCUAAAUUGUUGGUUGGUGCCAAUAAGAACAUUUAUUCCAUUGAGAAGUUAGCAGAUUUCUCCCUCUCUGCCAUCAUUGCUAGCAAAGUUACAAUAGUGUUUAAUGGAAGAAAAUAUUUCAACAAUCUAAGUGAAAACGGUCAAGUUUUGCAGUUAGUUUCUUAAAACAAAAGAGCAAGAGUUUCUUUUCUCAUUCACCAUUUUCCAGUGACGUUCAACGUCAAAUGAAAAAUCCAACAUAAAAGUAGUGGAGAGAACAAAUGUUGGACUCAAAGUUCCAGAAUGCAGUGCAGCUAUGGAUGCAGGCCUGGCUAGGUAGAGAUCUACAACACGAUGAGUGCAAUGGCCUUGGUGGCAGUAUUAGCAUGAAAGUUAAAGCUUUGGAAGAUGAGCUGUUGGAGCAGAGUGUACAGAUGAGGAGGUGAGAGAGCUGGACAGACUAAAGGACUAAAGUAUUGAUGAAGCACUGGCUAAAUCCUACUGGUGCCACUAUCAGCAAGUAGUCAAACAGUAUUGUGGGUAAGAUAGGAAAACAUUAGCCAAGGUGAAAAUAGACCAACAUGCCGAUGAACGAAGUUUAAACUAAAAAAAGUUAUAUAUCUUGGAUGCCACUGAAGAUCACAUGUUAAUUAUAAAGAUAAAUAUGCAAGUCCUUCAGGGUGAAUUAUUCCUUUAAUACAGUAAAAUACAAGUGGAUCUACUAUCAUUAGUAGUAAACAUACAAGAACACACUGGAAAAAACGUGUAUACACUGCAUAUGGCCUUGACUACACCACAGACUGGGUAUACUCCCUCCUUCCCCAAUGGGAGGAUGGAUUCUAUUUCUGUGCCUCUGCUCGUUCAGCAAACGUGACCUGGAAACUCAGGCUACAGUUUUUUAUAUGCUAGGUCUGAUACUGUUUGGUAGGAACAAUAUCUUAGACCUGCACUGGUCCUUUUUUGGAUAAAAUUGGAGAAUGUUGGUCUGCACUGAUCUCAUCUGCUGUGUAACCUGGUCUGCACACCUGUUUAAAGAUUGUUAAUGAAUAACUGCCAUUGAUCACUAUAUCACACCUGAUUCAGCUUGAUUAACUUCAGCACAUUUCUUUCUGUUGGUUUCUUCACUAAACUGGCAAUCUAUACAUGUCUUAUAGCUUUAGUGAUAAUGCUCUGUAGCUUGUUAUGAGUGACUGCAAGCUUCUGUAAUUGCGUUAGGAGCGUAAAGCACAAUGACUAGGCUACUGUAGAUGGCAUUUGAAGGAUAGCACUAUUCUCAAUGUCAUUCACUGUAUACACACACAACACACAAACAUAUUUGCUUAGCGCUUAAUUCUUAUUCUGAAAACAGGUAGAUGCUCUGCUUCUUUCACACAUGCACACCCACACACACACACACACACACACAGGGCUUGCACAAUAUGAAUAGUCUCGGCCUCCUUUCCUACAGGAAUUAGCAUGAAAAAUUGCUGAAUGACGUUAUAGGCUUUUUAUACCGCCCUUUUUCGGUGCAGGAUUCAUCACUACCUAAACACACACACACAUAUACACACACACACAGAAAUGCACAUAUAAAUGUCUCUGUGAAGGAGAACAUUUAUCACCUUCAAUCCCCUUGACUGCACGCAGGGAUACACACCCACUCAUACACUAGAUUACAUUACUUUACAACUCCUUAUGGUUCUAGGUUGGCAAAAAAAAAAAGUCAUGGCAGAUUGAUUUUUCAUCUGACAGUAGGUAUUGUUUAAUUGGAUAUUUGCCAUGAUCGUUACAACUCAUUUAAAGGCCAUCAUUAUUUGCAUGUUUGUAUUUUUAAAAUUGUGUUUCUGCUAACUUUUGCACUACUCUGGCUGAUUGAAAUAUAGGUUUGUUUAAUAAAAAGCCCACAGAUUGGGCUGCUAAUGAUAUUUAAUGUAGAAUAUUUUAUGUUGGAUGUUUUUAAAGACUAUGUUCAAUUUUUUGUACUGGAAUGAAGUCUGUUUACAGCACCAUUA